AUGGCAGAUGCUGAGGCUCCUUCUGUUGUACACGCAGACCCAAAUGAGACUGGGGUCUACGAGAUCGAGAGUUUAUGUAUGAAUUGUCGCGAUGAGGGUAUUACCAGAAUCCUCCCCAUAAAGAUCCCGUUCUUCAAAGAAAUCCUGCUCGAGUCAUUCUCAUGCGAUCACUGUGGUUGGAAGAACAACACGGUCAAGAGCGCAGGUGAGAUACAAGAGAAGGGGGCAAAGUUCACUUUUAGAUUGGACACCACAGGCGACCUUCAAAGACAGGUAGUCCGCAGUGAUACCGGCGUCUUCCGCAUUGAAGACCUUGGCUUGGAAAUGCCCCCUGCGCCGGGUCAAUUCACGAAUCUCGAGGGCUUGAUCUCGAAGAUCAAGACAGACCUGGAGACUGAUCAGCCGGCCAGGAAAGAAACAAGCGUUGAACUAUACAAUGCUCUGCAAGCAAUCAUCGAGGAGCUGGAGAAAAUGCUUGAGGGAAGCGGAUUCCCUUUCACGGUCUCGUUGGAUGACAUUUCGGGCAACUCUUUCAUCGAGCCAUCCACCGAGGACAAAGGUGCCAAGUAUGUUCGCACCGAUUACCUGCGCAGCCAUCAACAGAAUGUACAGCUUGGCCUUGUGGUUGAUGAUGACGACAACGCCGACGGCAACGCCAUGGAAGGCGUCGACAUCGUUGACAACGAAGUUUAUGAACUCCACGCCGAAUGCCCUGCUUGUGGGAAACCAUGCACGGUAAACAUGAAGAAGACGAACAUCCCACAUUUUAAAGAAGUCAUCAUCAUGGCAACGGUAUGUGAACACUGCGGUUUCAGGACCAGCGAUGUGAAGACGGGUGGUGCAGUCCCCGAAAAGGGCAAGCGGAUUACUCUCGAGGUCAAGACGCUAGAGGACAUGUCCAGAGAUGUCCUGAAGUCAGAGUCCUGUGUCCUCAAGAGUCAUGACCUUGGGCUAGAGGUACAGCCUGGCACGCUAGGUGGUCGGUUCACCACGUUGGAGGGCUUACUUACUCAAGUUCGUGACCAGCUCCAUGGCCAGAUCUAUAACAUUGGAGAUGAAGAUCUUGCAGGAGGUGACUCCAUGACUGCCGACACGAAGUCAAGGUGGGACAGUUUUUUCGAUAAACUGGAUUCCGCCAUCAAGGCCAAGUUUCCUUAUUCCAUCACACUUGAAGAUCCCUUGGCAAACUCAUUUGUGCAGCUGAACGUGGAUUCUGGCGAAGACCCGCAAGUCAAGACAGAAGAAUACGAAAGGACCGAGGAGGAAAUGGAAGACCUUGGCCUGAAAGACAUGAAAACUGAGAACUACGAAAAUGACAACUGA